AUUUUAGUAGCAGUAUGUUGCACAAAGCAUCCUGUUCACGCGAGUUUGCAAAGUCUUAAGUAUUGUAUGCAUGGCUCGAACCCAUGAUCAAUAGGCAAUACAUUCCAUUUGCUUUAAAAGCUAUAUAUGGUAUUAGACUUUCAUUGUUGUAUUCCUUGUGUUGCUGAGUAAUCAUUUGGUUAUAACUGCAAUUUUUUCUUCUUUUGUGUUUAAUUUGUACACAUAUAAUACAGUAGCUUGCUGCAAUGGAACCUUCUGAGGCAACGGAACGUGUGUAUGAAAAGAUCAUGAAAUCGGAGUCUGAACAUGUUGCGAGGGAGAUUAUGUGCUAUAUCUUCUUUCAACAAUAUACAGAGCAGGAAAUGAUUCGAUUAGCGUUAGGCCCUAAUACCUUAAUUCAAAAUGUGAUCCAGAAAGCAAAAGAUACAUUCAACAUAAACUCAACUCCAGUGUUCCGUAGCCCUUCUAUGACUCCAGACAGUAUAGUAGAUCCAGCAGUACGGUUUACAAAUUUUGCAUCCACUUACCCUGUAUCGACUCCUCGCUGCAAACCUCAACUCUCUGAUGAACAUUCUUAUUUACCUGUAAUUCCUUACUCCAGCAAUGAGCCGCCGCUGCAACAGUUCCACCAGCUUGAAGAUACAAUGUACUUUGGGACUUUGAAUUACCCAAGUGAUUACUGCUAUCCAGAAGUUCCCCUUAUCAGGCGCUACAGAAAUUCUCCAAGUUCGUUUAAAUUUCCGAAGCCUUGCCACUAUUUCAACAAAGGGUUCUGUAGAAAUGGUGACAGAUGUAGGUACUUUCAUGGUCCUCCAUCUUCCGAGAACUACCCACUUACGAUUGAUCCUAAUCUUUGUGAAAAGGGUGAUGAAGAUGAAGUACUUUCACCUGGUUCCCUCGAUAAAUUAGAGCUAGAGAUAACGGAGCUCUUGAAUGAUAAGAACGGGAAUCCUGUUUCAAUUGCAUCCCUGCCCAUGAUGUAUCAUGUGAAGUACGGGAGAACACUCCAAGCGGAAGGGUAUCUAACGGAGAGCCAAAGAAAUGGUAAAGCUGGCUAUAAUUUGACAAAGCUUAUUGAUCGAUUGAAGUAUGUUCGUCUGAUUGAAAGGCCUCAUGGACAACAUUCUGUAGUUCUGGCUGAAGAUGCAGCUAAGUACAUGGACACUCAUGGUGUAAGAAGUGAUCCAGGUCCUAUCGUUAGUGAUUCAUGUCAAAUAUAUUUGACAUUCCCUGCUGAAAGCACUUUUACGGAGGAAGAUGUUUUUGCUUACUUCAACACUUUUGGGCCAGUUCAAGAUGUACGAAUGCCAUGUCAGCAGAAACGAAUGUUUGGAUUUGUUACAUUCUUCAGCACAGAUACUGUAAAAAUGGUUUUGUCAACCGGAAAUCCACAUUAUGUGUGUGGUGCUCGCGUUCUUGUCAAACCUUACAGAGAGAAGUCUAAGCUAUCUGAAAGAAGGCACCAGGAGAGACUGGAUUCGUCAAUGUAUUACCACUUCGAUUCUAGGCUUCAAGAAAAAUUUAAGUCCCCUAGAAUGCUACGGAAACAUUUAAUGGAAGAGCAAAUUCUUGAACAUGAGGCUACGCGACUUGCACAGCUGCAGUUAUCGCGAAAACGCAUGGCCACUCCGCCCUAUUCUGGCCCUCCCAUGGACGAAAUUAACAUUUCUCAACCAGAACAUUCCAGCCAUAUUAUAGAUGUUCGGGACAGUGUAUCCCCGGAUGAAGAUAAUCCCGAGAAUUCAGAAAGCCAUUAUGCUGAUGACGAUAGCAAUCAAAGAAUCAUCCUGCCAGACAGUCCGUUCGCAUCAACAGUAGUAGCAAACAGUAUAGCUGAAUUUCUAUAGGUUUGGAUACUUGUUUUUGGUAUGCAAAUCUACUUCAAAGGCAGCAUCUUGAAUUCGAGGGAGAAUACGUAGUACAUAUAGCAAUAGAGAACAGCAGAAAUAGAUCUUCCACACAGCCGGGGCUAACGUAACUACACCAACUAGGAAAAUAUGCUACACACAGGCUCACAUAUCUGGUGUUUUUAAGAUUAGAAUAGAGCACAGAGGUCAUUAUCCUUAGCAAAUAAUGAAAUACAUAGUAUAACUUUAGUUGAUAGAGAGGAUUAAUACCUUAAAAAUUAGUACAAGCCUUUCAUGUUCCUUUUGCUGUUUUGCAGAAGAAAAUAUGUAGACAUGAAGUUUGUUUCAUGAUAUGUUUGUCUUUGGUUUUUGUGUUAGGACAACUAAAUCGCAUGUUUUCAUUAUAUCAAUAGAUGACACUCAUUUUCUUUUAAAUCGGUAAA